UGGGAACCAAUCAACGACGAAAUGUCGUCACUUCCUUCACUUUCAUGAGUUAGCAUCAUAGCAGGCAAGGUAGCUAACUAGCUGCUAAUAUUGUCCCUUAAGAAUUGUGCGUGUCUCAUUUUUUGGGGAGAUCGUAUCUAAAAUGAAAACGAAACGUUCAACGUCUGGCUGAACACGUCUUGAAAACGUAAUCUGGUAUCGCGUCAGAGACCUCUUCUUCAAGCAUUAUUUGUUAGCCACCUGCUAGGUGUUGGCUAACUAUAUCAGUAUACACCAUGGCAAGUGCAGCAAAUACAAACCUAAACGCAGUCCGGGAGACAAUGGACGUGCUACUGGAGAUCUCCAGGCUGCUGAACACAGGUUUGGACAUAGAGUCUCUGUCCAUCUGUGUGAGACUGUGUGAGCAGGGCAUCAACCCAGAAGCUUUGUCUGCAGUUAUCAAAGAACUGCGUAAAGCUUCUGAAACACUCAAGGCUUCUGAAAACUGCGCUAACUGAAGUUGCAGCCUCAGUUUGAACUUAGACGGGAUCGUGCUCCGUUCCUGGAUCUGUACCUGCGACGGGCUCUCCAGCCACUCGGACUUGCCUGUGUGUUAGCGCUCUGUCCUCUGCGCCUCCUCGGUGACUAACUGCUCCUGUUCUGUGCUUUGACUUGUGUCUGAGUUUUUGUGUGAAGGUAUCAACCUCAAUCCUCUUCCGAAACACAAGUCUUCUCCGAUAUGAAGCCAUGCUCAGACGUUCUGCUUCAGAUUUGCUUGCAAGUUUCAUCUUCAGCCAUUUGUAAAGUGGAAGAUCAGAGUGGUAUUAGCAUUGACUUCCUGCCUUAAUUUAAGAGCAUACUUGUCAUUUCUGAUGGUCAACUUGUGUAGCUCUUUUCUUGAGGAAAUGUUUUAUGAUGUUUUGAAAUAUCUCAUUUGUUAUGAAUUUGUUUUUCAUUUGAUGUAAGCACAAUGCAUUUUUUCAACUUAAUCCUUUUUGCAUUUCCAUUGUCUGUUUAACCAUUAAUGAUGGAGCAAAGUCUAAAUUAAAAUGUUACAUCCAACGGCCA